GCCUACGGGCGGCCUCUUUUCGAGAGUAGGCGGGGACCGGCGCGGCACAGGCCACCGGCGGUGCGGGGGAAGGGCGCGGCCCGGCCAUGCAGCCUGAACGUGGCGGCAGCCGGCCCCGCAGGGAAGGUGGCCGGCACGGUCGAAGAGGGCUUGGCGGCGUGGAGAAGGCGGCCGAGGCAGCGACCGAAAGAAGCAGCGGGGAUGGCCACGGCCGCGGAGGAGGCGGGAGCCGGGGAAGAGGCGGCGCUCACGGGCACCGAGGAGGUGGGGGCCGGGGCAGGCGGGAGCCUCGAGGUCGCGCUGCAGCGCCACCGCCCGCCGCUCAGCACCGCCAGCGGGUAGAGGAGGAUGAUGAUACUGAAUCACGAAAGGAAGAAGAGAAAGAAGAAUGGAAAAGCUAUUCAAGGAGAAAGAUUUUUUCCAACUGGAGCCGCUAUGAGGAUACAGAAAAAGAGGAACAGAGUGAAUGUGGGGAAUCACAGAGAGGAACAGACUUCAGUGUUUUGCUUAGCUCAGCAGGAGAUUCCUUUACCCAGUUCCGAUUUGCUGAUGAGAAAGAAUGGGAUAGAGAAAGCAUAUGCCAUAAGCAGUUCUCUGCGCUUUCUGUUGACUGCCAGUCACUGGUCCAGGCCCUUCAGGAAUUGCCUCUACACCUGAGGCUGAAUGUAGCUGCUGAACUCGUGCAGGCAUCAACACCCGUAGAGCUCCCACAGAUGAAGUCUAAAAUCAUUGAAGACGGCAAGAGGAGGGAGCUGCUGUUCCGACAGUCUCUGCCUCAACGUGAAACCGUGCUGGCCUCUCAUCCUGUUGGUGAUUCUGUUGCUCCAUCAGAGCCUGGAAGUAAAAAUGCUCCUAGGACAAGUGCAGGAGAACCAUUUCAUGGAGCUCAUCCACCAUCAGUGCAAGAGACUGACCAUUUGGAUGAAGAACUAGAUAUUCUCCUAAAUCUAGAUGCUCCCAUUGAUACAGAAAACAGACCGGUGUCAGGAGCAUUAUCCUACAACAUAGCAACUGAGAAAGAGCUGAAAAUGGAUCAUAAGGAAAAUGACCCUUUAAAACUAGACAUGCCGGAAGACAAGGGUACAGCAUCACAACAGAGUACAUCUAAAAACGUUACUGAGGAAGAGCUUGAAGACUGGCUGGACAGCAUGAUUUCCUGAAGCUCAAAUUUCUUAUAUGAAUAGUUGAAUAUAGCAAACAUUAAGUAGGAAGUUCAAUCUUCCUUUAUCUUCUCAUUAUUUUCUUUAUCUUUUCACUUUGUUCAGUGUACAAAUAGCUGGUUUUCUUUGCUAGCACCUAAAUUCUGUGCAACCAAAAUUCAUUUAGAUGCGACUGAAAAUUGUUUAAGACUAAUAUUCUUACAGAGGUAUAAAAUUUAUGAUUAAAUUAAUUAGGGGUUUCUUCGCUAAUGAUGCAUGCCACAGCACAUGAAGAGCACAUUUAUUUCAGCUUGUACUUGCUAUACGUAGUCCUUAAAAUAAAGCUAUGAAUGAACAAUGAA